AUGGCACUUCUAGCACUCCAGUUGCCCUCAUCCAAUCAUGUCUGCUUGACACACUUGCCUACAUAUCCAACAACAAAAACUCUUCUUCUCUGCCAAAAACAAAAACAUCAUGGGCAACUCCGAUGUUUUGCCAGUACUGCAGCGACUACUUCCCAUUUAGAAGUCCAAAGAAAAUCUGCCAAUUACCAACCAAGCACUUGGAGUUACGAUUUUGUGCAGUCCUUAAGGAAUGAUUAUCAUGAUCAUGAAGUACUACAAAAUAAGGUGAAGAAGCUGGACGAAGACGUGAGGAGUAUGAUCAAUAAUGAAAAUUCAGACUUACUGGCAAAACUCGAACUGAUUGAUGAGGUUCAACGAUUAGGCUUGGGUUACCGCUUUGAGAAGGAGAUAACAAGAGCUCUCGACAACGUCGUCUUAGCAUCUUCAAAAGGAUAUAAUGAAAGAAUUGUGAAGAGUCUCCGUGCGACUGCUCUCAGCUUUAGGCUCCUCAGGCAACGUGGCAGUGACGUCUCUCAAGAUGUGUUUAACAGUUUCACAGACGAAAAUAGCAAUUUCAAGGAAUGCCUCAGAAGGGAUGUCAAAGGAAUGCUGAGUCUAUACGAAGCUUCGUAUCUGGGUUUUGAAGGAGAAAACCUCUUGGAUGAGGCCAUGGAAUUCGCAAGAGUGGGUCUCGAGGACCUGAAAAUCCAUGUAAGUAAAAGCGUGGCAGAGCAGAUUCAGCAUGCAUUGGAGGUUCCACUGCACCAUAGAAUGCAAAGACUGGAAGCUCGUUGGUAUAUUGAGGCAUACAGUAAGAGGGAAGAUGCAAAUCCUGUUGUGCUUGAGUUUGCAAAGUUGGAUUUUAACAUAGUCCAGUCAGUACUUCAAGGAGAACUUCAAGAAAUGUCAAGGUGGUGGAACAAUAUGGGGCUGUCGAACAGCUUGAGCUUCACCAGAGAUAGGCUGAUGGAAUGCUUCUUCUGGACUGUUGGAAUUGGCUUUCAACCUCAGCUGGGCCAUCUUCGUAAACAGCUGACCAAAGUUGCUGCUCUUGUCACCACCAUUGAUGACGUCUAUGACGUUUAUGGUACUUUGGAUGAACUCGUGCUUUUUACAGAUGCUCUCGAAAGAUGGGAUAUCAAAGCCGUGAGAGAACUUCCUGACUAUAUGAAGCUAUGCUUCUUAGCUCUCUAUAACACUAUUAAUGAGAUUGUUUAUGACACUCUUAAGGAGAAAGGAGGAAACAUCCUUCCAUACCUAACCAAAGCGUGGGCAGAUAUGUUCAAAGCGUUCCUCCAAGAAGCAAAGUGGAGUUCCGACAAGGAGAUGCCAACCUUCAAGGACUAUCUUAACAAUGGCUGGCGAUCCGUUUCUCGGACGAUCUUCCUCGUUCAUUCCUAUUUUAUAUUGAAUCAAAAUUUCACAAAGGAGGCCCUUGAGGGCUUGGAAAAUUACCAUGACCUCUUGCGGUGGCCAUCCAUCAUUUUUCGACUCAGCAAUGAUUUGAGUACUGCUGCGGCAGAGUUAGAGAGAGGUGAAACAGCAAAUUCAAUUCAUUGUUACAUGCGAGGAACUCGUCUUUCUGAGGAACAUGCUCGUAAACACCUCAGCAACUUGGCAGAGACAACUUGGAAAAAAUUGAACAAAGAAAGAGUAGUUAAUCGUUUUUUUGGAGAAUCGUUGGUGGAAACAGCAAUCAACCUUGCUCGGAUUGCCAAAUGCACGUACCAGUAUGGGGAUGGGCAUGGAGCACCGGACAUUAGGGCAAAGAAUCGAGUCCUGUCGUUGAUAAUAGAGCCCAUUCCAAUACCAGUUGAGCGUGUUAAGGAUAAGGCAGCCGUAGAAGAUAAAGAUAAAGAUAUUGAAGCCGUAGGAAACUAG